GCCGAAAAUAAAAUAAAAACUUCUUUUACAAACUACACAUGUCACUCGAAAGUUGGGCUACAGACAAAUUAAGCGUCUUCUUGGGGUUUGACCCCGAGACUUUGAAGACUCAAAUUCUGCCUUACUUGAUGACCUCUCAAACACCUGAUGCAUUAGCAGACGAACUCAUGGGCAUGGUGGGUACAACUGAGGAAGCACUUGGCUUUAUUCAGGAAUUCGUAGCUCGUAGGUUUCCACCCAAACCUGUCGUUGUAGAAAAACAUGUGAAAGCACCUAAAAUUACACCCAAGCAGACAGCAUCGCCUUCCACUUCCUCCAUUCCCAAUUCACAGUCUGAGGGUGUGUUUCCUUCUCUACCGACCAAUGAGCAACCUUAUGAAUCCAUGUGGCCAGCCAACAUCAACGUACAAUAUAAAAAAGAAGACGAAUAUUUUGCGGGCCUAAAGAAAUCGAAAAAGGGAAAGAAUAAAGCACAAACCAACGAUUUAAGAGCGGCAGCUUUUCCUACUGAAAACAAACAAGCAGCUAUUAAAAAAGAAAAGAAGAAGGUCAAGAAUGAAAUGACCCUCGAAGAUGCAUUAAAGGAAUUGGAUAUUAAAGCCGAGAAGCCCGGUAAAAAACGAAAGCCAUGUCAAUGUCAGGCAACCAAGCAUCCUUUAUUAACUGCAGCACCGAACUGCUUAAGUUGUGGUAAGAUCAUUUGUACUGCUGAAGGCGUGGGUCCUUGUACGUUUUGUCAGGCGCCUGUCUUAUCCAAGGAACAACAGAUUGCAUUAAUCGCAGAGGCUAAAAAGAAGCGAUCAGACAAGAAACAACCACAAACUCAAUCAGUGAAAAAAGUACCGGCUGGUGGUGGUAUGCCUGCCUAUUCAUCCAAAGUGGGUGGUAGUAUUUAUACUUCUCAAUAUGAAGAUGAUGAAAACAGAUUAAAGGCAGAGGAGCAUAAGGAAAAGUUACUGGAGUUCCAAAGAACUAGUGCACAAAGAAGUACAGUGAUUGAUCAAGCAACCGAUUUUGAAUUACCCACAGAUCAAGCUAAUUUUUGGUUGUCGCCACAGGAGAGAGCUUUAUUGAUUAAGAAACAACAAUCGAAUUUGAGACGUGUGGAACGUAAAGGAGAUAGUAGUAAACGUAAGGUGAUGACUAUUGAUGUCCAGACAAAACAAGUCAAGAUGCAGGAUGUGGAAUAUUCUUCUUCUGAUGAGGAAGAACCCGUAAAAAUGAUGAGUCUAUCUAAAACACCUAAGCAAGAAGAUGCUUCUUCUGCGGGUACUUAUGCCGUCAAUCCUUUAUUAAAGGGUAUUGAAAGACCCAAAUUCGUUGGCAAGCAUACAAAGAAAACCAAGGGUCAAUUAAGAAGAAAGGAGCGCGUACAAUAUGAUGUGGAUGAUGUGAUGAAUGAUUAUAUAUACUCCACAAGUUUAGCGGAUGAUGAUACCAUUGAUCCUGUCAAUGAGCCUAUCACUUGUCAAUAAACAUUUAAAAUAAACAUAGAAACGCGGUCUGAUUAUUUUUGUUUUUUUUUAAAAAAAAACACUUUUUUUUUCUACUCU